AUGGGAGGUGAAUCUCACAACAGCUCUGGGUUGCCUCCCUUCACCUUGACAGGCCUCCCCGGGCAGGAGACCUCCCAGCACUGGCUGUUCCUGCUCCUCGGUGCCCUCUACACUGUCUCCAUUGUGGGCAAUGCCUUCAUCCUUUUCAUCAUCAAGGAGGAGCAGAGUUUGCACCAGCCUAUGUACUACUUCCUGUCUGUGCUGUCAGUGAAUGACCUGGGUGUGUCUUUCUCCACGCUGCCCACGGUACUGGCUGUGUUUUGCUUUCACAUAAGACAAAUCGGUUUCAAUUCUUGCAUGUCCCAAAUGUUCUUCAUCCAUCUUUUUUCCUUCAUGGAGUCUGGGAUUCUGCUGGCCAUGAGCUUUGAUCGCUAUGUGGCCAUCUGUAACCCCCUGCGCUAUGCCGCGGUGCUCACUGAUGCUCGCGUGGUGUGGAUGGGCGUGUCUGUUUUCCUCCGCAGUUUCUGCAUGGUUUUCCCACUACCUCUCCUCCUGAAGAGGUUACCUUUCUGCAAAGCUAAUGUGCUGUCCCACGCCUACUGCCUCCAUCCAGAUCUGAUUCGCCUGCCCUGUGGUGACAUUGCCAUUAAUAAUAUCUUUGGUCUAUUCAUCGUCAUCUCUACCUUCGGCCUGGAUUCCGCACUCAUUCUCCUCUCUUAUGCGCUCAUACUUCGUUCUGUACUUUCUAUUGCCUCCGGGGAGGAACGGCUGAAAACCCUGAACACGUGUGUGUCACACCUGUGUGCUGUGCUCAUCUUCUAUGUGCCCAUGGUAGGGGUGUCCAUGGCUGCUCGCUAUGGGAGGGAUGCUCCACAGUAUGUGCACACACUCCUGUCAGUAGUUUAUCUGUUUGUGCCUCCAAUGCUCAACCCUGUCAUCUAUUCCAUCAAAACCAAGGAGAUUCGCCGCAGACUUUGCAAAAUCCUUCUAGGGACCAAGUUUUGA